UUAUACCUCCUUCCCCGGCCAGCUGCUUGCGGCUUGCCAGUCAGUCCUGGCCAGCCAGCGGGGCUCUCUGUUCCUUCUCCGGACUCGGGUUCGUAACCAUCUAAAGCAAGAUGUCUGAUGAAGAGAAAAAGAGGAGGGCAGCCACCGCCCGGCGGCAGCACCUGAAGAGUGCUAUGCUCCAGCUUGCUGUCACUGAAAUAGAAAAAGAAGCAGCUGCUAAAGAAGUGGAAAAGCAAAACUACCUGGCAGAGCAUUGCCCUCCUCUGUCCCUCCCAGGAUCCAUGCAGGAACUUCAGGAACUGUGCAAAAAGCUUCAUGCCAAGAUAGAUUCAGUGGAUGAGGAAAGGUAUGACACAGAGGUGAAGCUACAGAAGACUAACAAGGAGCUGGAGGACCUGAGCCAGAAGCUGUUUGACCUGAGGGGCAAGUUCAAGAGGCCACCCCUGCGGAGGGUCCGUGUGUCAGCUGAUGCCAUGCUGAGGGCUCUGCUGGGCUCCAAGCACAAAGUCAACAUGGACCUCCGGGCCAACCUGAAGCAAGUCAAGAAGGAGGACACAGAGAAGGAGAAGGACCUCCGUGAUGUGGGUGACUGGAGGAAGAACAUUGAGGAGAAAUCCGGCAUGGAGGGCAGGAAGAAGAUGUUUGAGGCUGGCGAGUCCUAAGCACUGGUCUCUCCACUCUUGCCAUUUCCACCCUCUUCCAUCCCCUCCUGAGCAUGGCCACAGCUGUGAGCAUGGCCACGUCCCUGCCCUGAACCUCAACACGUCCUCACCAUGCAUUGAACCCACUGACUGGGUGCUGUUUCUCUGGUUUUGUGAAGAGCUGCAGUCUGAAAGCAGCAGUGUAAAUAAAGCUUUCAUGGGAGAGGGG